UUUAAUUUAUUUUGUUUGUUUAAUAAUAAAUGAACUUAUAGUAUUCCCUUAUAUUUAGAAUAACAAUUUCUCUUACGCCAUGUCCUUAUAAUUGACAGAUAUCACUACCAAUACAGUAGUAAAAAUUAAAGUAAUUUGUUAAUAGUAAUAUUGAGAUGUUUAAUCCGGACAUCCAUGAUUACCAGCUGACUUCCAUCAUAACAGAGUGCUGUGGAGGAGUUGCGGUCGUAUACUCCGCAUUGUACAGGCCCAGCAACCAAAAUGUGGCCGUUAAAAGAUAUUUUGUGGACAAAACUAAAGAGAAUCCCAACUUGAUACAACAAGAUAUACUCACCAGGAAAGCCCUGCAGCACCCCAACAUCCUUCCUUACCUGACAUCGUUUGUUCAUGGCAGUGAACUGUAUGUGGUGUCUCCAUUGAUGACAUUUGGUUCCUGUCGUGAUAUCCUGGACCGAUACUACCAUGAGGGUCUGCCGGAGCUGGCCUGUGCAAUUGUGUUGAGAGAUGUACUGUUAGCUUUGCAGUAUUUGCACAAACAAUUGUAUAUCCACAGAAGCGUACGCGCGAGUCACGUGCUGGUGGGUGCGAACGGCAGCGUGCGUCUGUCGGGGCUCCGCAGCGCCGUCAGCAUGGUGGUGCGCGGCCGCAAACAGAAGCAGCUUCACAGCCUGCCCCCGCCCGACCUCGACAACGCCAACCUCAUGUGGCUCAGCCCAGAACUCCUAGAACAGAAUUUGAAAGGGUACGACGACCGUUCGGACGUGUAUUCGGUGGGCGUGCUAAGCUGCGAGCUGGCCAAUGGUGCAGUGCCAUUCGCGGAGGUGCCCACCACGCUCAUGUUCACGGAGAAGGUGCGCGGCUGCCGCCCGCAGCUGCUCGACUGCUCCACCUUCCCUGAACCCUGCCUCGACGACGGCGAAAUGAAGAGUAUGUACAAUACUGACAGUGGUGUUGGUGAUAGUGAAAUCCCACGCGCCCGCCAGCUGUACGCCGCCAGGAAGCUCUCCGAAACGUUCCACCACCUCAGCGAUCUAGCUUUACAAAGGGAUCCAGAAAAACGGCCGACAGCAUCUCAACUACUAAACCACUGCUUCUUCAAGCAAAUCCGAAAGACUGAUUACUUGCCUGGGCUCAUCUCCCGAAUAAAACCCAUCAAGCCUGACCCAAAUGACAUGUCAGCAAUGCUGCUACAACAGAAACUAUCCGAGAUGGACAUUGAGAAGACAACUGAAUGGGAUUUCUAGCUAUGGCUUACUAUUUUGAGCAAAAAAACUAGUACACGAGAGCAUAGACACAGUAGUUCUAAAGUUUUUUAUCUGCUCAUCAUCAUCAGCCACUGCAGUCCACUGCUGGACACAGGCCUCUCCCAACGCCACUGGGCACGAUCUUCAGCACUUCUCAUCCAGUUACUUCCUGCAACUCGUAUUAUAAUAAAUGCUCUAUAUUUAUUUAUUUAUAAACUAUUGCACCAAACAUUUUACACAAGAUUUUAAUGAUAUGAUAAUUAUUAAAAAUAAUGGAAUGGUACACCCGCCUGCGCUAACGGUUUACGCUGGCGGAGCAAUGGAGGCUGAUAAGAUGAGAAGUCAGGUCAGUAAGCACAUCCAGGCAAAUUCACCAGGAAUUUAUUUGAUGGUUUUCAAAGGUAACAGCGUGGAUAUCAACCUGACAUGGUACAUUGCUAGCAAUGGAUCAUCAGUCCACAUUACUAACAAUCAUCUUUCCUCCCAAUAGUUCUAAAGUUACGCUUGUAUAACAUGCGACGAGGUGAUGUUUAUAUACAUAGACAAUAGUUACUCCUUUCGCAUAGAUAACGCAUUUUACUGCGCAAAGAGAACAGAUAAAAAUCUUUUUUCUUUAAUGAAUUCAUUUAUUUCAGACUACUAAUAUAUUUAUUGUAUUUAUUAUUAAUUGUAAUAGAAAACGCGGAGUGCUAUAUUAUAACAAUAAGUUUUUAAAUUAAAUAGUAGAAAUUCAUUCAUUUGUAGCGUGCAUAUAUAUCACCUUAUCACUGUAACGUUAUGUAUGAUGUGAUAAGCUGUUACU